AUGGCUAGCUUCAAUGAAUUGAAAAAGGCUCUGGUGAGGGAUGUCACGACGGAGAUGUCGUCUCCGAAUCAACCAUUAUCUGACUCUCAGUAUAACAAAGGUUUCGACGUAUUGAUGAAUGGAACAGAACGGACCUCAUACGAGGAAUUCAUCAUCCCCGAAUUAUCUCAACAGCUAACCUCACUUCUCGCUUCACGUCCCACUUUUUCCGUGAUUGAGAUUGGGCCCGGUUCAAAGAGCGUACUUGGUUAUGUGCCCCUCCAUCUUAGACGAAAGAUUAGAAGAUACGCUGCAUUUGAGCCCAACAAAAUAUCAGCUACAAGCUUGGAGGACUGGAUUUCUUCUUGCUCGCCAUUUCCUUGCUUGGAAACUGCACCCAAUAUCCGUAGAGCACCCUUUAUUUUCGACGAUGAGGAGAAGAACAAUAUCAUCGAAACAGAUCCGAAUAAUGACGGGCAAACUUUCGAUCUCAUUCUUUUUUGCCACAGCAUGUAUGGCAUGAAGCCAAAAGAGAAAUUUGUCAAGAAAGCGCUAAACAUGCUUGUUUCAAGCCCAGAAAGUGGAAAAUUAGUGAUAUUUCAUCGCGACCAGUGCUUUGAGCUUGCCGGAUUGAUUUCUGAUCAUACGGCUAUUUUUCCAACGGGAACCGUCUCUAUAGCAGACAUAAAUGACGUGUUAGAUGCAUUUUCUCCCUUCGUCGCGGGUUUCAUCAAGCAGGAUGUGGAAGUCGACAUGGCUUUACGAAUAAAGUGGAGAGAAACAUGUCGUGCUUUGGCUUACCAUGAUAAGAAGCUGCCAGGAUAUUUGUUGUUCAGCUCACCUCAGCGUAUGUUAUCUCUUACAAGACAUGCGAACGCUUUAGUCGAUCUCGUAUUACAGGUGCCAUUAGCGAAAGAAGACCGGGUUGUCAAAAGCUGGGAGGCUCGCUUGCAUCGACCUACUUCGAUCUUCAGGCCGACGACAGUGAAGCAUGUCCAACAAUGCAUUCAAUGGGCUGUGAAGCACAAAUUGAAACUUACCGUAAUUGGUGGUGGCCACAGCGCACACUGUCUAUGGACCGACACUGUCUCACUCGAUAUGGAAUCUUUCGAUCGAGUACAUGUUAUCACCUCAAAUAAUAAUGUAGAUGAUGCCAAUACACGGCUUGGUUCCAACUCUUUAAUUUUAGCUGAGGCCGGAUGCAAGACAGGAGAUAUUAUUCGAGAAGCAAUGAAGUUGGGGUUAACAGUACCUUUGGGCUCCCGACCUAGUGUGGGAGCUGGCUUAUGGUUACAAGGCGGCAUCGGGCAUCUGUCUAGGCUUCAUGGGCUGGCAUGCGACAACAUUGUAGGUGCUGUCAUAGUCAGUGUCAUUUCUGGUCAGAUCUUUCAUAUCGGGGAAGUACCAACCCAAAAUUUGCCAGCCGGUGCAACAAGACCCAAGAAUGAGAAAGAUUUAUUAUGGGCAAUUAAAGGUGCUGGCACAAACUUUGGAGUAGUUAUCAGCGUCACUUUCAAAGCUUAUGGGGCUCCAAAUUAUUCCGUUUGGAACUGGAUCUUCCCUGUUAGGGAAGAGACUGAAGCGGGGCUCAAGCUUGGUGAUGUCAACUCCAUCGCCAGAAACCUUACUCGGAGUUUUUCCAUAGAUGCAUAUAUCUACUCAGAUGAAAAUCAGCUGCAUCUUGGGGUGACCAUGUUCCAGGCUUCGGCAGACAAGAGUUUUGAAAUGCCUCCGCUGGUAAGUAGCAUUUUGGGACCAGCAAAACAAUGUAAGGAAGUGGAUGGUUUCGGCUUAUUUGAGACUGAAAUGUACAUGUCGACGAUGCACGGCGGACACAGUGGGAAAUCUUCUUCAUUUAAGCGAUGCUUGUUCUUCAAUAGUAUUGAAGAUGUGCAAAUCGUCGAUAUCUUAAGAGCAGCUAUUCAAAAUCGCACCACACCAUUCUGCUAUCUUCAUCUGCUGCAAUGUGGUGGGGCAGCUCGUGAUAACACAACAAAAGACUCUGCUUUUGGAUGCCGGGAUUUUGAAUUUGCUUGUGUCAUUACUGGCGUCUGGCCUCGCAUCCAGACUGAACCUGAAGUGGUUCGAAACACUAUUCAGUGGGUCUAUGAUGUCGUCAGAAACUUGUUGCCAUUUUGUAGUGGAAUUUACAGUGCCGACCUUGGACCAGAUCCUAGGGACAACACACUGGCAGCUAAGGCAUUCGGAGUAAACCUACCACGUCUGGCCCAAUUGAAACGCACUAUGGACCCAUUCAAUACUAUAGCUUACGCCUGCCCUUUGUUUGAGCCUCCAGUAGAACAGAAACUGAUCAUACUUGUCACAGGUGACAGUGCAGCUGGUAAAGACUUUUGCGCCGAGAUCUGGGCCUCUGUGAUCACAACAUGUACUAGUCAAAUGCGCACAGCACGUUCAGUCAGUAUCAGCGAUUCUACUAAGCGAGAAUAUGCGACGGAGACUGGUGCAGAUAUAAAUCGGCUUCUUUCGGAUCGUUCUUAUAAAGAGGAACACCGACCAGCUUUAACGAAAUUUUACAAGGAACAGGUGAUCAACCGUCCUCAAUUACCAAUGGAGCACUUUCAGAGUGUUGUACAUGAUUCUGGCAGUUGUGACGUGCUUUUCAUUACUGGCAUGAGAGACGAGGCACCGCUUACAGCUUUCUCGCACCUGGUACCAGACAGCAGAGUUCUUGAUGUUCGGGUCAACGCUAGUCAAACGGUUCUUCGAGAUCGCAGAUGGAAACGUCGUGACGAAAUCAAAGCUAAAAAUGAUCUUGAUGGUACGAAUUUGUCGAAUUUACAUUACCUGCCUAGUCUUGUCUUCAACAAUGACACAUUAGGCAGUGGGGCUGCAGAAAAUUUUGCCAAAAAGCAUCUCCUGCCAUUACUGCAUGAGGACUUCGCACGACUUGGAAAAAUGGUAAGAGCGGUACCCAAUCAUCCACGCCAAGGUGUAAAUUUCCGUCACGUACUUGACAUUUGUCAACAACCAGGUGGACUGACCUUAUGCACUGAUCUGCUGCAAAGGCACUUCAUUGGGGAAUGGGCUAAAGUCGAUACUUUAGUUUGUUGCGAAUGUGGUGGAUUUGUUUUUGCAUCGGCAUUAGGAGCGCGGACUGGUAUAACAUUGGCAUUGGUUCGAAAAUCUGGCAAACUUCCACCACCCACUAUCUCAGUCGAAAAGUCGCAAUCACAUAUUUCAUCUACGGAAUCUGGAGAGUUGCAACAAAACAUGAUUGAGAUGGAUCCAAGUCUGGUUAGCAAAAGUAAAUCUGUGUUGGUUGUAGACGAUGUACUUGCAACUGGAAGGACACUUGGUGCAGUAUUGAAGCUAUUGAUGAAAGCUGGCGUUCGGCGCAGGGAUAUCAGAGUUAUGGUCGUUGCCGAAUUCCCUAUUCAUAAUGGCAGAGAAUCAUUACGCCAGGAAGGAUUUGGAGAUGUCAGAAUUCAAAGUCUUCUGACUUUUGGUGGUGUUUGA